UUUUAAGUACCAAUUUGAGAGAGAUGUCAAGUUCAAGGGCUAAAUAUGCAUUUGAGCCCAAAUAAAAAAUGCUAUCUUUGUGGAAAAAAAGAAGUUAAAAGAACCUCAAAUUCCAUAUCUCAAUUUUUAUUAAUCUCUUGGAAAAAUUCAUCUCUGAUCUCCUCGAGGUUGUAAUAGGUUAUGCUGAAGAAACAGAUAAACUGAGUGUGUAAGGACAUUUGAGGGAUUUUCUCUUUCAGACUUUCUCAAAGAGAGGGAAAUGUCAACUGGAAGAAAUACCCAUUGGUGUUAUAGAUGCAGGCGCCCAGUUAUCCUUCAGGGGCAUGAUUCAGUUUGCUGCUAUUGUGGUGGGGGGUUUGUUCAAGAACUGGAUGAAAUGGUGCCUAUCAGUCCCAUGGAUUUUUUCGGAGUUCCUGGUGAUGAAGAUCGUGGUCAGAGAUUUGGUCUCAUGGAUGCUUUUUCAGCCUUCAUGAGGCAGAGAUUGGCUGAUAGAAGUUUUAACCAUAAUAUCAGGGGAGGAACAGAUUCAAUUCUUGAGCAUAAUCCACCAUUUGGUCCUUUGUUGGUGUUUGGUGGCCAAAUUCCUUUUAGGUUGUCAGGGAAUGGUGGGUUUGAAGCUCUGUUUAAUGGGGCUCCUGGAAUUGGCUUUACAAGAGGUAAUGCUGGAAAUUAUUUCAUAGGUCCAGGAUUAGAAGAAUUGUUUGAACAGCUGUCAGCUAAUGAUCGUAGGGGCCCUCCCCCGGCAACUCGAUCUUCAAUUGAUGCAAUGCCCACUGUUAAGAUUACUCGGAGGCAUCUUCAUUCCGACUCUCACUGCCCUGUAUGCAAAGAUAAAUUUGAAUUGGGGUCUGAAGCAAGACAAAUGCCAUGUAACCAUUUAUAUCAUUCGGAUUGCAUUAUCCCAUGGCUGGUGCAGCACAACUCGUGCCCUGUUUGCCGUCAAGAAUUGCCACCACAAGGAUCAGGUAGCAGCCAGAGUUAUAACCCCAGGGGUCAAAGUAGGAGCAGCAAUUUUGGAAGUAGUUCCAGUGGAAGGGAGAGCCAAAGCAGCAGACGUAAUCCAUUUUCAUAUUUCUGGCCAUUCCGUUCAUCAAAUUCAAGCUCUAGCCAUAAUGGAGCCGCAGGAAGUAGUUCCCCACGGCAUGUGCAUGAGAACAAUCAGUCGAUGGGGUAUAAUGGAUGGCCUUUUGACUGAGGUCUGUAGUUGUGUGUACCUGUAGUGUUUGGGCAAAAAUUAGUUGCACUGAAUGUGGAUUGAGGGAUCUUAAAAGAGUCUGUCUCUGUAAAAGUGAAUGAGGUCAAUUUCGUCCUGCAAACUGUGUUUCACUCUUUAGCCAGUACUUGUGGGUUUUCAAUCUACUAUGAGGACUAUAACUCAAUAACUGCAGUCUUGAUGGCAUGCUAUGCUAUGCUAUGCUAUGCUUCCAUGUUUCAAUAAACUAAGCAUCAUGUAUGAUAUGGGUUUACAAGUUUGGUUGAGUUAAUACUAACCAAGAUUACAUUACGAGCUUUA